UCAGGCAAUUUAUUUGGCCUACUAUAUUUCCUCUUUCCGUUCAAGAUGGCGGGUGACGAGUCUGGGGUAACGCUGGGCCAGCCACAUUUAUCGAAACAAGACCUUGGUAGUUUAGAUGUCAGCACACUAACUCCUCUAUCCCAAGAAGUUAUUAGUAGACAGGCCACCAUCAAUAUCGGCACAAUUGGCCAUGUGGCCCACGGGAAGUCAACUGUAGUGAAGGCCAUCUCGGGUGUGCACACUGUCAGGUUCAAAAAUGAACUGGAGAGGAACAUCACAAUCAAAUUGGGAUAUGCCAACGCUAAGGUCUACAAAUUGGAUGAUCCAAGCUGUCCUCGCCCCGAGUGUUACAGAUCGUGUGGAAGCAGCACACCUGACGAAUUCCCCACAGACAUUCCUGGCACCAAGGGCAACUUCAAACUCGUCAGACAUGUUUCAUUUGUAGAUUGCCCCGGCCACGACAUCCUGAUGGCCACCAUGUUGAACGGCGCAGCUGUCAUGGACGCUGCUCUUCUCCUAAUUGCGGGUAACGAGUCGUGCCCCCAGCCUCAGACCUCAGAGCACUUGGCUGCCAUCGAGAUCAUGAAGUUGAAGCACAUCCUGAUCCUGCAGAACAAGAUCGACCUGGUGAAGGAGAGCCAGGCCAAGGAGCAGUACGAGCAGAUCCUUGCCUUCGUGCAAGGCACAGUGGCAGAGGGAGCUCCUAUUAUCCCCAUCUCUGCACAGCUCAAGUACAACAUCGAGGUGGUCUGCGAGUACAUUGUGAAGAAGAUCCCUGUGCCUGUUCGUGAUUUCAUCUCUGAGCCACGUCUAAUCGUCAUCCGAUCUUUUGAUGUCAACAAGCCUGGCUGUGAGGUGGAUGACCUGAAAGGUGGUGUGGCUGGUGGAAGUAUCCUCAAAGGAGUGCUCAAGGUGGGCCAGGAGAUUGAGGUGAGGCCUGGCAUCGUGUCCAAGGACCAUGAGGGGAAGCUGAUGUGCAAGCCCAUCUUCUCCAAGAUCGUCUCCCUGUUUGCCGAACACAACGACCUGCAGUACGCCGCCCCCGGGGGCCUGAUUGGUGUGGGCACGAAGAUCGACCCGACGCUGUGCCGAGCGGACCGCAUGGUGGGCCAGGUGCUGGGUGCCGUCGGGGCGCUGCCAGAGAUCUUCACUGAGCUGGAGAUCUCUUACUUCCUGCUCAGGCGACUGCUGGGCGUGCGCACGGAAGGAGACAAGAAGGCAGCUAAGGUUCAGAAGCUGUCUAAGAACGAGGUGUUGAUGGUUAACAUAGGAUCCCUGUCGACCGGCGGCCGUGUGAGUGCUGUGAAGGCUGAUCUGGCCAAGAUCGUGCUCACCAACCCUGUAUGCACAGAAGUAGGAGAGAAGAUCGCCCUUAGUCGCAGAGUGGAGAAACAUUGGCGUUUGAUCGGCUGGGGACAAAUUAGGAGAGGAGUAACCAUCACACCUACAGUGGACGAUGACUGAGCCGCUUGCUGAAGGGGAAACGUAUGCCUGGACGGCUUCUGCCACCCGCCAGCAAGACAUCCUUAUUAAAAACCAUUUUCCUACAACAACACACAGCCUGCCAGCUGAAGGGAUCAGAUCAGGAAGCAGAGGGAGUGAUCUCAAAGGGAGGGAAGGGGGAAACACAUAGGGGAAAUGGAAGACGGGUCUUGAUGAAGAUGAAAUUGAUCUGGCUGUCUUGUCAAGGCCGGCCUGAUUUCUUACAUGCUACCAAAAGCCUCACUGGCAGGGUUUCACAGGUUUGACAACUAUAGUAAGCAUCUUUCAAAUAUAUCUAAUAAAAAAUGUUUUGGAUCAAAUA